UUUUGGAUCUGUUCUUUUUUCUUUCUUUAAUCUGUGUGUGCGCUCUCUUUCCAGAUGAGAACGAGUGUGCAUUAGGUGGUCACGGGUGUGACACCAACGCUCGUUGUGGUAACGUCAUUGGCUCUUAUUUCUGCCAGUGCUACCAGGGCUUCAAUGGAGACGGGCACUCUUGUUUUGACAUUGAUGAGUGUGCUCUAAACAACGGCCACUGUCAACACAACUGCUCCAACGAACCAGGAGGGUACAGCUGCCAGUGUGACCUAGGCUACCAGCUGGACAAGGAUGGACUCAACUGCACAGAUGUUGAUGAGUGUCUGACACUGAAUGGGACCUGCGAGCAUAUUUGCAUCGACACUCAGGGAUCUUUCCAGUGCUCCUGCAGGCCCGGCUACCAGCUGCACAUCGAUGGCCACACCUGUGUGGAUAUUGAUGAAUGUAAACUCCAGAGUGGCGGCUGCUCUCACAUCUGCACCAACUCUCCGGGAGGAUACAUUUGCCACUGCCCGCCUCCUCUUUUGCUAGACACAGACAACCUCACCUGCAGCAAUGUUACAUCCUGCAAGCUAAGAAAUGGAGGAUGUGAGCACAUCUGCUCGGUGAGGGCUGAGGGCCAGGUCCAGUGUAGCUGUCGGGCAGGCUGGAAGUUGGACGAGAACCAAAGGAGCUGCGUGGAUGUGAAUGAGUGCGGGGACUUCACAAACGGAGGUUGUGAACAGCUCUGUUUGAACCAUCCGGGGGGGGUUUAA